GCGGGGCGUGUGGGGGUUGGCCCGCUUGGCGCUAGCUCCCGGGAUACGGAGCUGCCAGCGCGAGGGUAUCUUGUCAGGUGGUUGCGGAGCCGAAUCCUAUUCUAAGUACUUGGACACUCAGGCAUCCACCAUGGUGUUGGGUCCUGAACAGAAGAUGCCAGAUGAUGAUGUUUCUGCAGACCAUGGAGACUCUCCCAGUCUUGGUACCCUCAACCCGGCCUAUAGUACCUCCUCUCUCCCCCGGUCCACUGAGCACUCACAGGAGCCCUUUACCACCUACUUUGAUGAGAAGAUCACCAUUCCUGAGGAGGAGUAUUCUUGUUUUAGCUUUCGUAAACUCUGGGCUUUCACGGGACCCGGUUUUCUUAUGAGCAUUGCCUACUUGGAUCCAGGAAACAUCGAAUCUGAUUUGCAGUCUGGAGCAGUGGCUGGAUUUAAGUUGCUCUGGGUUCUUCUGUUGGCCACCGUCGUGGGGCUUCUGCUCCAGCGCCUUGCAGCCAGACUGGGAGUGGUCACGGGGUUGCAUCUUGCUGAAGUGUGUCACCGUCAGUAUCCCAAGGUCCCACGAAUUAUCCUAUGGCUGAUGGUGGAGUUGGCUAUCAUUGGCUCAGAUAUGCAAGAAGUUAUUGGCUCAGCCAUUGCGAUCAAUCUCCUGUCUGUAGGAAGGGUUCCUCUGUGGGGUGGAGUUCUCAUCACCAUUGCAGAUACCUUCGUAUUUCUCUUUUUGGACAAAUAUGGCUUACGGAAGCUAGAAGCAUUUUUUGGCUUUCUCAUCACCAUUAUGGCCCUCACAUUUGGAUAUGAGUAUAUUACAGUGAAACCCAGCCAGAGCCAGGUACUCAAGGGCAUGUUCCUGCCAUCCUGUUCAGGCUGUCACACCCCACAGGUCGAGCAGGCUGUGGGCAUCGUGGGAGCUGUCAUCAUGCCACACAAUAUGUACUUGCAUUCUGCCUUAGUCAAGUCCAGACAGGUAAACCGAGCCAAUAAGCAGGAAGUUCGAGAAGCUAAUAAGUACUUUUUCAUUGAAUCCUGCAUUGCACUCUUUGUUUCCUUCAUCAUCAACGUCUUUGUCGUCUCAGUCUUUGCCGAAGCAUUUUUUGAGAAAACCAACGACCAGGUGAUUGCAGUCUGUAGAAAUAACAGCAGUCCCCACACUCACCUUUUUCCUGACGAUAACUCGACACUGGCUGUGGACAUCUACAAAGGGGGUGUUGUACUAGGAUGUUACUUUGGGCCAGCUGCACUCUACAUCUGGGCAGUGGGGAUCCUGGCUGCAGGACAGAGCUCCACCAUGACAGGAACUUACUCUGGGCAGUUUGUCAUGGAGGGAUUCCUGAACCUAAAAUGGUCACGCUUUGCCCGAGUGAUUCUCACCCGCUCUAUUGCCAUCAUCCCUACUCUGCUUGUUGCUGUCUUCCAGGAUGUAGAGCAUCUAACAGGGAUGAAUGACUUCCUGAAUGUUCUGCAGAGCUUACAGCUUCCCUUUGCUCUGAUACCCAUCCUCACAUUUACGAGCUUGCGGCCAGUUAUGAAUGACUUUGCCAAUGGAAUAGGCUGGCGGAUUGCAGGCGGGAUAUUGGUCCUUAUCGUCUGCUCCAUCAACAUGUACUUUGUCCUGGUUUAUGUCCAGGAACUCGGGCAUGUGGCAUUGUAUGUGGUAGCUGCUGUGGUCAGUGUGGCUUAUCUGAGCUUUGUGUUUUACCUGGGUUGGCAAUGUUUGAUUGCAUUGGGCAUGUCCUUCCUGGACUGUGCGCACACGUACCGUCUGGGAUUGACAGCUCAGCCUGAACUCUACCUUCUGAACACCGUGGAUGCUGACUCACUUGUGUCUAGAUGACUGACAGCCUGAGAGACUGUAUAAGAACCACUUUGUCUUAAUCCCUUUGUGCCAGGUGUCCUGUUAACAUAUCUCUGUUAGUUCAGAGGUGAGUUUUGUUCAGAUUUUGAACAAAAGGCAAAGAUUUCCUCGUGGGAAGGCUGUUAAAAGCUGACAGCUGUAAUUGUAGGACAGAGACCCACCCACCUCAACAGUCCUACAAUAGCCAGAGUUAAAUGAUUGGCCUAUCGUGGCCACACACCCCUAUGGGCUUGUGUCUUGACUUCUGGCAUUUAUAAAAUAUAUGUGUCUGUAUAUUUAUGUAAACCUGAACAUAUCCGUUUGGGUAGAGUUUUAAGGUUAUAUAAAAUUGAUAGGUCUUAUUUUUUUUAAAGAUAGUAUUCAGAUAAAUCAGAUAUUUGUUUUAUCUGGGUCACAAGUGAGAAAGGAGAGGGAGUAAUGCUCUUUUUCAGAAUGAUCUGGUCAAAUUAACUUACCUUUUAAAGUGAUACUUGACUAUGGCCAGUUAAAUUCCACGUCGGUUUUAAUUGACCAGACCCUUAUCAGCUACUUCAUAUCAGCACAUCAUUUCUAAGGAAAACAUUUCUUCUUUUCAAGCAGUCAUAUUUGGUCCUGGUCAUUGGUGUGCUUUGUAAUUAUAAUUCUCUCUGUUGCUUUUCUUGAAAUCUUGUCAGAGGUAUGAUGGUAUUUUCCAAAGAGCCUAAUAACUUGUAAUAAGAUUCAGAAACGAUGCUUUAAUCAAUGAUCAGUUUUCCAUGUGACAUUGUAACUCAGCCCAUUCUAGCAUUUAGGUUUUAGGUAUAAAAGAAGAAACUUCUAACAUUUAAUUUUGUAAAGACCCAAUAGAAGAUGAUGGAGGUAUUUGUUUUCUUUCUAAUGUUUGUAGAGUUCUACCAAGUCUUUUCUUCCCAUUUUUCCCAUGAAAACUCUAAACACCAUUUCUAGGUCCAAAAUCUAUUUCCAGGAAUGGCUAAUAUUUCUAAUGUUGAAUUUCCCUGAAUGCUAAGCAUUUUACUUAAAGAUAUUUAUACCAAGUAAUAUGAGAUUAGAACUAGACUAGGACUUAGACGACUAGUUCUCAUGUCAUAAACUGCCUGCCUACAUGUGGGUUAUAGAUGCUUUUUGACCCCUUUUCUUAACUGGGACUUUUUUCCUUAAGAUUUUUAUAAUAAAAAUGUUAAUACUUUAAAAU